UCGGUUAGUCAGGAUAUUCUUCAGAGAAAUCAUUAGCCAAACAUCUCUCGGUGAUUGAUCACGGUCUGUUGUAAAAUAAACAUCUUUUUGUGUGUCUGACAGACAUUUGCUUCUUAUUUCCCCCAAGAAGAACGGACAUGUUAUUUGUUUCAGUGCAGACAUCUUUCCGCGAUGCUCUUAUCGUACUCGAAUGCAUUACAGUUCGGCCCUGGUGUGGUCCAGCAGUCGACAGGUGUUCUUCACAAUUCCUUGUCCCUUCCAUGAGUAUGGCCAGCAGCUCGUUGCUGCAAGGCAUCUUUGACUGAUCUUGACCGACAACUGACCAAUGAGGCCAUGCACGCAAGAGCACGACACGAUCAGCGCACACGUGGCGCCGGAGGAUCGCCGGAUCGAUCGGAGGCUGAAUUCCAUAUAGUUUCCCGCUCACGCCCACCCAAUCGCUCGUCAAGAUCAAUGGCAAGAAGACAGGUAGAGAUACGACAAGGCGUUGCGACAGGCACACCCCAAUGAUGUUCCAAUCAGAGGCUCUUGGAGUGACGAGGACAACAGGUUCUUCGUCAGCGCCCGGAGAUGCCCGCUCGUGUGGAUUUUACCUCCUUUAGAAAUUGGCCUGCUUGCUUGUUGGGUUCUCGGAACGCCCGCCCUCCCGCAUAGAAAAUGGGGUCCGGAGAAUGACAAGGUGAGGUAAGUUUAUUCAGAGUUCUUCGUCCGUUGCUCUCAACGGCCAAAAGAGUCCGGGCGGCUAUGGCUUUUCCGCCGUCGCCUUCUCACCGGCGUGUAAUUAUUCUAGUUUAACAAUGGAGGUGCUGCAGCCUAACGACAUACCAAUACACGUCAUAAACUCGUUGUAGUGUCGUUAGGCUGAACCGUUUGACGACAAAAAGAAGAGUUGGUUACAACGAUGCUGUCUGAAACUCAGAAGUCUGAACGAAAUUCAGUAUUUCAUUCAUGAGUCGGGUUCUGUUUUCUGCUUGGGUAUCGAGUGUGUUUUCUAGCUUGAUUUGAGUAGGAGUAGUCAAUAGUCAGUUGCAAUCCAGUUGAGAGGAAUUUGUGACCAGCUCCAUAUACCAUAUCUGAAGUUCAGGCACGAUCAGACAAGGGUAUUAAAAGAAUAAAUCAGAUUGUCUUUACCCCAAUAGAAAGAGUCCAAAUUGCUAUCCAAUUUCCUCCCCAUGGAGAUGAAGUGAGGAUCUUUCACAGAGCUCUUAUAAAUACCCCCAAGUCAUUCCAACAAGCAAACCAAAACUACCAACAAUCACCUCAACCCUGCUAAUUCUCUCACUCUGUCAGAAGUCGUCUUUGCAGUAGCCUGCUACCAAACAGGCAAACACCACCUUAGGGAUUGCUUCGUUCCACAAUCCACAUCUCCUGAAAUGAUCCGAAGCCGCCCAAUCCGAGGCCGACAAGUGUCUCGAUCCUAGCCAGCCCUAACUAUUUGGCUUGUCAUCCCAAAAUCCGUCCAUACGACGAGGUGGUGCUGCCGGAGCAUGGAGCAGGAGCUGAGGACCGGCGGCGGCGGCAACCUCAGGGCGGCGCACAGCUCUGUCUGCUUCUCUGGCGCGCUCAUCGAUGGCCCGCGCAUCCAGCAGCUGCUCCUCCACUGCGCCGCGGCGCUCGAGUCCAACGACGUCACGCUGGCGCAGCAGGCCAUGUGGGUGCUCAACAACAUCGCCUCCUCGCAGGGGGACCCCAGCCAGCGCCUCACGUCGUGGCUGCUCCGCGCGCUGGUCGCGCGCGCGUGCCGCCUGUGCGGCCCGGCGGGCACUAUCCAGGCCGCCGCCGCCGCCGGGGCGCCCGCGCCGCGGGAGCGCGCCAUGUCGGUCACGGAGCUCGCCGAGUACAUCGACCUCACGCCGUGGCACCGGUUCGGCUUCACGGCCUCCAACGGCACCAUCCUCCGGGCGGUGGCGGGCAGCGCCGCGGUGCACGUCGUCGACCUCAGCGUCACGCGCUGCAUGCAGUGGCCGACGCUCAUCGACAUGCUCUCGAAGCGGCCCGGAGGACCGCCGGCGCUCCGCAUCACCGUGCCUUCCGCCCGCCCGGCCGUGCCGCCCCAGCUCGGCGUGUCGGACGAGGAGAUCGGCCUCCGCCUGGCCAACUUCGCCAAGUCCAAAGGCGUGCAGCUGGAGUUCAGCGUCGUCCAGUGCGCGAGCCCGAGCCCGACGUCGUCGCCUCCAAAGAAGCAGGCGGCGCUCUGCCAAGACCUCGCGUCCGUGCUGUCCAACCGGCAGUCGCUGGAGCUACGGGACGGCGAGGCGCUCGUCGUCAACUGCCAGAGCUGGAUCCGCCACGUCGCGCCGGGUUCCAGGGACGCGUUCCUCGACGCCGUCCGCGCGCUGAACCCGUGCUUGGUCACCGUGACCGACGAGGACGCGGACCUGGACUCGCCGAGCCUGGCCACCCGCAUCGCCGGCUGCUUCGACUUCCACUGGAUCCUGUUCGACGCCCUGGACACGUCGGCGCCCAGGGACAGCCCACGGCGGGUGGAGCACGAGGCGGCCGUGGGCCGGAAGAUCGAGAGCGUCGUCGGGGCCGACGACGCCGACGGAGCGGAGCGCGCCGAGUCCGGCGCGAGGCUCGCCGAGCGGAUGCGGAGGAACGGCUUCGCGAGCGUCGGGUUCGACGAGGAGGCGGCGGCCGAGGUGAGGCGCCUGCUGAGCGAGCACGCCACCGGGUGGGGCGUGAAGCGGGAGGAGGACAUGCUCGUGCUCACCUGGAAGGGCCAUGGCGCCGUGUACACCAGCGCCUGGACGCCCAACUAAGUUUAGCCAUCUCCAUUAGCGAUCGAAA